AUGUCUGUAUCAAAAGACAAGUCCAAGGUUCACAAGCUCUCCUUGAAAGGAUCGGGAAAGCUGGUGGCUGAAUUUUUUGAAUACUCUAUCAACUCCAUCCUGUUCCAACGAGGGGUGUAUCCUCCAGAAGAUUUCACAACUGUCAAAAAGUAUGGCUUGAACAUGCUCGUCACCGCCGAUGAUCAGGUGAAGGCGUACAUCAAGAAGAUCAUGUCUCAAUUGAACAAAUGGAUGGUAGGAGGCAAGAUCUCCAAGCUUGUUGUUGUUAUAACGGACAAAGAGACUGGUGAGCACGUGGAGCGGUGGCAGUUUGAUGUGGAAAUAUUUGGGAAGAAGUCCAAAAGUCAAUCGACUCGCAAGUCAGGCGAUAAGGAGAACGAUACGCCGGGAGAUACCGACUCUCAAACCUCGGAAGUCGAGAAAACAGAAAAGCAAAUCCAAGAGGAGAUCCAGGCUAUCUUCCGACAGAUCACUGCCUCUGUUACAUUCCUUCCCGUGUUGGACGGCGACUGCACAUUCAACGUCCUUGUCUACGCAGAUGCAGACUCGGAAGUACCGGUCGAAUGGGGCGACAGCGAUGCCAAAGAUAUCAAGAAUGCCGAGAAGGUACAGCUUCGGAGCUUCAGCACCAACAACCACAGGGUAGAAACGAUGGUCAGCUACCGUCUUGCCGAUUGA